GCGCACUGCCGUUGCGAUAGUGAAAAGGCGCAAGCGGAAAGCCUUUGAGAGGCGACGUUUCUAAACUCCGCCCUUCACCUCGCAUUUCUGUCAAGAAAUUUCACUGUGAAGUCGUCGUCACCGUUCGGAAAGAGAGAAGAAUACCGCCACUUAAAGGGCUGUGGCGACAAACACGAGCUGUCAUCUCACGAGCUUUUCAUUUUAGAAAAACAGUUGUUCACCUGCACCUGUGUCUUAGCGAUGUUGGAUCCGUCCUCAAGUGAAGAUUCGGGGGGAGAUGAGGACCCUGAAGUUCCAAAAGAAUUUCCUAAAACACCUGGUGCUUCCUCGGGGCAAGGAGGUAAACAAAAGAAACGACCACAAACUGAUCAACCCAAGCCUGAAAGUCAUCCCGAACAAGAUGAACUGGAGAAAGAAAGGGAGAGACUUCAGAAGGAAGAAGCGGAGAGGAAGAUUAAGCUGCAGGUUUACGUGUUUGUGUUGCGAUGUAUCGCAUACCCUUUCAAUGCCAAACAACCCACUGAUAUGGCACGCAGACAACAGAAGUUAAAUAAGCAGCAGCUGCAGGCGGUGAAGGAGCGUUUCCAGUCCUUCCUCAAUGGCGACACCCAGAUCGUGGCGGACGAGGCUUUCUGCAACGCAGUGCGAAGCUACCACGAGGGUUUCCUGAAGAGCGAGCGCGUGUCCCGGAUGGUGCAGAGCGGCGGCGGCUCGGCCAGCGACUUCCGCGAAGUCUUCAAGAAGAACAUCGAGCGCCGGGUGCGCAGCCUGCCCGAGAUCGACGGCCUGAGCAAGGAGACGGUGCUGAGCUCCUGGAUCGCUAAGUACGACGCCAUUUCCCGGGGCGACGAGGACCCGCGGCGCCAGCCCCAGCGCAUGCACCUCAGCGCCGUGUCCGAGCUGAUCCUGAGCAAGGAGCAGCUGUUUGAGAUGUUCCAGCAGAUCCUGGGGAUCAAGAAGUUUGAGCACCAGCUACUCUACAACGCCUGCCAGCUGGACAACGUGGACGAGCAGGCGGCGCAGAUCCGCAGAGAGCUGGACGGGAGGCUGCAGCUGGCCGAGAAAGUCGCCCGGGAGCGUCGGUACCCCAAGUUUGUGUCCAAAGACAUGGAGGAUAUGUACAUCGAGGAGCUGCGCUCGUCCGUCAACCUCCUCAUGGCCAACCUGGAAAGCCUGCCCGUGUCCAAGGGAGGCCCCGACUUUAAGCAGAAGCUCAAACGCUCCUCCUUGAACAGCUCCUUCCUGGACAUGGACGAGGGAGACAUCCUGUCCAAGUCAGACGUGGUCCUCUCCUUUACCCUCGAGAUAGUGAUUGUGGAGGUACAGGGGCUGAAAUCCGUAGCCCCCAACAGGAUCGUGUACUGCACCAUGGAGGUGGAGGGGGGGGAGAAGCUGCAGACGGACCAGGCCGAAGCCUCCAGACCACAGUGGGGAACGCAGGGGGACUUUACAACGACGCACCCGCUUCCUGUGGUCAAGGUGAAGCUUUUCACAGAGAGCACGGGCGUCCUGGCCCUGGAGGACAAGGAGCUGGGAAGGGUGAUCCUGAACCCCACCACCAACGGGCCCAAGCAGGCAGAGCUCCACAGGAUGGUGGUGCCCAAGAACAGCCAGGACGCUGAGCUGAAGAUCAAGCUGGCCGUCCGCAUGGACAAGCCCCCCAACAUGAAGCACAGCGGGUAUCUGUACGUGUUGGGCCAGCGGGUGUGGAAACGUUGGAAAAGAAGAUAUUUUGUUCUUGUCCAGGUGAGCCAGUACACCUUUGCCAUGUGCAGCUACAGAGAGAAGAAGUCGGAGCCUCAUGAACUGAUGCAGUUGGAGGGUUACACUGUGGACUACUCUGACCCCCAGCCAGGUCUCCAAGGGGGUCGGCUGUUCUUCAGCGCCGUCAAGGAGGGCGAUCUGGUGUCGUUCGCCAGCGACGACGAGCAAGACCGGGUGCUGUGGGUGCAAGCCAUGUACCGGGCCACGGGCCAGUCGUACAAGCCCGUGCCUCCCGCUCAGAACCAGAGACAGAACUGCAGAGGAGGAAACCCACAGGCAGACGCCCCUGUCUCACUGCUCAGUCUUGAUCGUACCCAGAGACAGGGAGUGGAGGAGUUAAUUUCGGCUGUGCCUUGUCGGUUCGACCAUGCUGCCCUGUUCACCAUGCUGCAGAAACACACCCUACAGCAUCGCAUGAACGACUCCUUCUCCUGCCUGGGCUGGUUCAGCCCAGGACAGGUGUUUGUCCUGGACGAGUACUGCUCUCGUUACGGGGUGAGAGGGUGCCAUCGUCACCUCAGCUACCUGAGGGACCUGAUGGAGUACUCAGAGAACAACUCUCUGGUCGACCCCACCCUUCUUCACUACAGCUACGCCUUCUGUGCCUCCCACGUCCAUGGAAACAGGCCGGAUGGGAUGGGCACUGUCACCGAAGAGGAGAAAGAGCAGUUUGACAAUAUCAGAGACCGACUCCUGAGUCUUUUGGAGAACCAGAUCGUUCAUUUUAGGUACUGUUUUCCGUUUGGGCGACCAGAUGGAGCACUCAAAGCCACACUCUCCCUGCUAGAAAGGGUUUUGAUGAAGGAUAUCACCACACCUGUCCCUCCAGAGGAGAUUAAGAAAAUGGUUCAGAAAUGUCUGGAGAAGGCAGCGCUGAUCAACUACUCCCAGCUCACCGAAUACGCACAGAUUGAGGCUGACAAUCAGACCACACCACAGAAGAGAUUGGAGGACAUGAUUCGCUUGGGAGAACUGUGUAUAGAGGUCCUCCAGCAGAAUGAUGAGCACCACUCAGAGGGAAGAGAGGCGUUCUCGUGGUGGCCGGAGAUGAUGGCGGAACAUGCGGAGACCUUCUUGUCCCUCUACACCGUGGACAUGGACGGUGCCCUGCAGGUCCAGCCCGUUGACUCAUGGGAUAGCUUCCCCCUGUUCCAGCUACUUAACAACUUCCUGCGAACCGACCCUUACCUGUGCGACGGGGCGUUCCACAAGCACCUGCAGGAACUGUUCACGCCCCUGGUGGUGCGCUACAUUGACCUGAUGGAGUCCUCCAUCGCCCAGUCCAUCCACCGAGGCUUUGAGCAGGAAACCUGGCAGUCUGUCAAGACGAUUACCAACAACCUACCAAGCGUGCCUCUGCCCAAAGUCCCCAACCUUCCCCUCAACCUGCCGCCAAUGCCCAGCUUCUCUGCGCCAGCCUGGAUGGGUCCGCUGUGCGACAGCACCAAUGGCUCGGCCACUUCAGAAGACUUGUUCUGGAAGCUGGACGCCCUUCAGAUGUUUGUCGUGGACCUGCACUGGCCCGAGCUCGAGUUUGCCAAACACCUGGAGCAGAGACUGAAGCUCAUGGCCAGCGACAUGAUGGAGGCAUGCGUCAAAAGAACAAAAGCUGCUUUUGACUCCAGGAUGCAGAAGGCCAGUAAAUCAACUGACUUCCGGGUCUCCCUCUCUGUGUGCACCAUGUUCAAUGUGCUCAUGGACGCCAAGAAGCAGUGCUCUAAGCUCUGUGUGCUGGACUCAAGUCAAGAGAGUGAUAAACAAUGGCAACAGUACCACUCCAAAGUAGAUGUUCUGAUCGAUGAUGCUUUUAAAGAAAUGAUUUCCUCUCUCGUAUCAAAGUUUGCCGCGGUUUUGGAUGGCGUUCUCGCCAAGCUCUCGAGAUACGACGAAGGAACAUUCUUUUCUUCAAUCCUCUCUUUCACGGUGAAAGCGGCUGCCAAAUAUGUGGAUGUCCCUAAGCCAGGGAUGGACCUGGCCGAUACCUACAUCACCUUCGUGCGUCAGAACCAGGACAUCCUUCGAGACCGUGUCAACGAGGAGAUGUACACAGAGAAAGUGUUUGACCAAUGGUACACAAGCUCCAUGAAGGCUGUCUGUGUGUGGCUUACAGACAGACUAGACCUGCAGCUCCACAUGUACCAGUUGAAAACACUCAUCAAGAUCGUCAAGAAGACAUACCGGGACUUCCGUCUCCAAGGGGUUCUGGACGGCACGCUCAACAACAAGAGCUACGAGAACGUGUACAGCCGCCUGACGGUGGAGGAGGCCACGGUGGUGGUGAAGGCUGGAGACGGCCUCCAGGGCAUCACCAUGAGGGACAGCGACGAGGAAGAGGGCUGAGGGCUCUUCAUCAUACCGCACCCACUCUCGCACCUCCAGAUAGAAAGGAUGGCAGGCCUGGGCUCUUUUUGUGUUCUUUGACUUGGAAGGGAUGGGAAAUGCUUGUGUGUGUUGGAAGGGAUGGAGACCGUGUGUGUGCGUGUGUCCACACGGAUACACACACUUGUGUUCACACGCACUAACAUUUGUGUUUAAGCUGCAUUUGUGUAGAUGUUUGUGUGCGUAACAGACGGAUAGAAAAUGUGGGCAGGAGGAGUAGAGAACAUGCACACACACACACACUAACGAUGAGGAACAUUCACAUUAUUGUCAUCCUUUCCUCUGAGUCAUCAGCCACCCCUGUGGGUACACCUUCCCAGCCAUGCUGACAUAAUAUCACUUUGUACAGUGUAGCUCAGUGGUCGUCUAUAAUCGCCUUCUACUGUACCCAAGGGUCAUCCACAUUGUUUAUUAGAUUGUAUUUUAUUUCAAUGGUGAUGUAGACCAAGAAAAUAAAUAUGACAAAUCUUCAUAUGGGUACAUUCAUAAAUUUGGGAGUCAUAACAGAGAAAUCAAUUUAUUACAGGUAAAAAUGUAAUGGGAUUGUCCUUCAUAAUCUCUGAAAGAUUGCUUCAAUUCACAAAUCCUGGCUUGAUGUACUGAGAACAAACAAUGAUGUCCUUGUGAGGAUGCAUAUAGGCUCAAAGUUCUAUAUUGUAGUUUAAUUGUAGUGUAUGUAUGCUUGAGUUUGUUACUGUUCACAAGAAUUCCCAGUAAUUCAAAGUUGUGUUCAAUAGGCUACUAAGCCCCUGUGCAUCAUAUUUAUAAUCUGAGUUGGCGUUUUAAAUAUGGUAUACUUCAAUUAAUUUGUGUCAGUGAAGUUUAAAGGCAAAAACUAAUUGGUUAAAAUAUAACAUAUGAGAUAUAUUUAUAUUGUCUUUCCGUGCACCUGUUUUUGUUCAGGUGUGUCUUA